AUGACAUCCCCAAGAGAGGUGUCUGUGUCCUCAGUACUGUGUCUGUCGUCAGUGAGAGAAUUACCAGUUCAGGUGAGGGAGCUGUAUGGUCAGGGCUUCGUCCUGGUGGCUGUCCAUCCCUUUGUCCACCCUUGUGGCCCCAGGCCUGCACGCAUCCAACGCCAGCUACACAGAGCUGUCCUCAUCAGAGAGACACACAGUUCAGAGAACGAGCUGAAGUGGGCGGGGCUUCGCCUGGAGACAGACGUGUGUGUGGCGGGUCAACAGGCCCCUGACCCAGAAGUCAUCCAGAACUACGUGAAGAAGAUCCAGGACAUGGCGGAGCAGGGUAUGCUGUUUGUGGGCUUCCUGCAGCAGCCUGGCGGGGGACCCUGUUUCCUGGGGCACUUGGACCCUGAGGACCUGUCCUCCCUGCACUCCAGCCCCUCCCCCAUACACAGACACCCCACCAGUCCCUCAGAACCCAUGAUACUGGAUCCCAGCUCUACAGACUCUGCAGAACCCCACCAGAACCUCCUAGAACCAGAACACAACCGAAACACAGAAGUGAAAACACCAGAACACAAGUCGGUUGAACUCAGAACAAUUGAGCAGAACCCUACAGAUACCAGUCUGGUGGAGCUGGACUUGAGCUCCACAGGACCGCUAGAUCUCACACAGGACUCUACUCCAAUAGAACCAUCAAACAGAGAACACGACCACAGUCCAGGCAAAAUAGCCUCAAUAGAAGACCAACCAAACCGCUGUCCAGAUGAACCAACAGACUCACCAGAGAGACCCAGCCAAAGAGAUCCAGCUAGUGACCAACAGAACCACAACCACGCCCCAACAGAACUCCCUGGUGACCAGGAUCAACUACAGUCUGACAACACAAUAGAGACCACAUGUAUAGAGAGACAACAGAAUGAAAGCCAAGCAGACUUCCUCAGGAUUCUACUACCCAACUUCAGCCCAACAGAGUUAACACAUGGACUUGGUGGUCCAGACGCAGACAGACAGUGCCAGGGAGACAGACAGAGUCUAAGCCCUCAGACACAGAACCACAACCAGAGACCGGAAAUAGACCACGGUACAGACAACCUGGUCCGGUCACCAGAACUAGACAACGGUGACCACAGGUCAGAGUCCGGGGCUGAGAGGGGGUAUAACCGUAGAAACGAGGGCACGGGCGGUGACCCGGGUGAGCAUCUGAGGAGCAGCAGAGUUCCGACCCACAACAACAACAAUCACAUCCGGGUCAAGAGUCCAGACAGAGAAAAGAGGGCUGUAGGGUCUCCACCAGCACAGAGCAGGGUGCAGCUGUUUGCCCUAUACAACCACACGGGGGAGCUGUCCAGCUCUCUGAGGUUCUACUCCCUCAGGGUUCCGCUGCAGCUGCAGAGAGAGGCAGGGCUAGUGACUGAGGUUGACGCCCACUGGCUGGAUCACAUGACCCAGCAUUUCACCAGCGGAGCUCACCUCAUUGACGGCUUCUUUCACCUUGGAGACGACAAUGACAGCGGGGUCUCCUCCGUGGACAGUGUGUUCAUCUUUCAGAGCUCCUCAGAAGAAACCCCACCCACUUCAUACGACGCCAUUGUGGUGGAGCAGUGGACCAUUGUCGAUGGUGUAGUGGUAAGGACAGACUACAUUCCUUUGCUCCAGUCUCUGGCUCCCUAUGGAUGGAGACUGACGUGUGUGCUGCCUACUCCCAUCGUUAAGACCAACAGUGAUGGCAGUUUGUCCACGAAGCAGAUCCUCUUCCUCCAGAGACCUGCCUUGCAACGCAACAGGAAAGACUUCAAGAAGUUGAACCUCAGGGGUCGAAACAAGCCGAAGAAAAACUCUGCUGGAGAAAUGCUAGAGAAGAAAGAGGAGAGAAAGGACACAUCCCCAGUGAUGGAGAGAGGGAUGGAUGGACAGAACAGGAACACGGAAGAGGAGGAGGAGAGAGAGGUGAGAAGGAAUUGUGAGAAGAAAAGAAAUGAGAAAGGGAGAACCGUAGACAGAGAUGGAAUCAAGAGAGAAGAGGAGAGAGAGUGUGAGACAGAAUUUCAAGAAGACUUCACCCAGGGUACAGAGGGCGGGGCCACAGACCUCAACCAGGAAGUAGAGCGGGGGAAUGGCAAAGCCCUAUUGGCCAGACAUGAGAAGGCCGUUAGGUUUGCAGAUCAGUUUGUCAAUCAGAAGAAUGAUGAAGAGAAGUCAGAGGAGAAGAUCACACAGCAGCUGAGUGAGAGAGCGCUGUUUUCUGGAGUAUGUUAAUUAGAUAUAAUUAAAUAUAAAGCGCCUGAGUAGGACUGCUGAUCUAGGAACAGUUUUGCCUUUUAAAUCAUAAUGAAUAAGCGGGGAACUGAUCCUAGAUCAGCACUCCUACUCUGAGAUGUGUUCUGAAUAACGUUACAGGCCCUGACCUGGGUUCAAAUAGUAUUUGUAAGAUUGCUUGAUUGAGCUUGCAUGGUGCCUUGCCUGGAUGGAACCCAGCCCACCUGACACUCUAGGCACGCUCAGCAAGUUGUAAUAUUUCAAACAGCCUACUAUUUUAACCCUGGAAUGGAAAUAAUAAAUAUACAGAAUGACAGAAUAGGAUGAAGCACUAAUAGCUCAUCGAUGGAAACCAAGUCACUUAACAGAAUGGUGGUUAAGUUAUAUUCCUGGUACUGUAUCAAACCUGGAGUCGUAUACAGUAUAUACUCUGUGUAUAUAUAUAUAUAAAAUAUAUUUGUGUGUAUACAUAUACAUACAGUUGAAGUCGUAAGUACACUUCGGUUGGAGUCGUUAAAACAAGUUUUUCAACCACUCCACAAAUUUCUUGUUAACAAAUUAUAGUUUUGGCAAGUUGGUUAGGACAUUUACUUUGUGCAUGACACAAGUCAUUUUUCCAACAAUUAUUUAAUAUAAUUCACUGUAUCACAAUUCCAGUGGGUCAGAAGUUUACAUACACUAAGUUGACUGUGCCUUUAAACAGUUUGGACAAUUCCAGAAAAUUAUGUCAUGGCUUUAGAAGCUUCUGAUAGGCUAAUUGACAUAAUUUUAGUCAAUCGGAGGUGUACCUGUGGAAGUAUUUCAAGGCCUACCUUCAAACUCAGUGCCUCUUUGCUUGACAUCAUGGGAAAAUCAAAAGAAAUCAGCCAAGACCUCCACAAGUCUGGUUCAUCCUUGGGAGAAAUUUCCAAACGCCUGAAGGUACCACGUUCAUCUGUACAAACAAUAGUACGCAAGUAUAAACAACAUGGAACCACACACCCAUCAUACCACUCAGGAAGGAGACGCCUUCUGUCUCCUAGAGAGGAACGUACUUUGGUGCGAAAAGUGCAAAUCAAUCGCAGAACAACAGCAACGGACCGUGUGAAGAUGCUGGAGGAAACGGGUACAAAAGUAUCUAUAUCCACAGUAAAACAAGUCCUAUAUCGACAUAACCUGAAAGGCCGCUCAGCAAGGAAGAAGCCACUGCUCCAAAACCGCCAUAAAAAAGCCAGACUAUGGUUUGCAACUGCACAUGGGGGCAAAUAUAGUACUUUUGGAGAAAUGUCCUCUGGUCUGAUGAAACUAAAAUAUAACUGUUUGGCCAUAAUGACCAUCGUUAUGUUUGGAGGAUAAAGGGGGGUGCUUGCACGCCAAAGAACAUCAUCCCAACCGUGAAGCACAGGGUGGCAGCAUCAUGUUGUGGGGGUGCUUUGCUGCAGGAGGGACUGGUGCACUUCAGAAAAUAGAUGGCAUCAUGAGAAGGAAUAUUAUGUGGAUAUAUUGAAGCAACAUCUCAAGACAUCAGUCAGGAAGUUAAAGCUUGGUCGCAAAUGGGUCUUCCAAAUGGACAAUGACCCCAAGCAUAUACUUCCAAAGUUGUGGCAGAACAACUUAAGGACAACAUAGUUAAGGUAUUGGAGUGGCCAUCACAAAGCCCUGACCUCCAUCCUAUAGAAAAUUUGUGUGCAGAACUGAAAAUGCAUGUGCGAGCAAAGAGGCCUACAAAACUGAUUGUUACACCAGCUCUGUCAGGAGGAAUGGGCCAAAAUUCACCCAACUUAUUGUGGGAAGCUUGUGGUAGGCUACCCGAAAUGUUUGACCCAAGUUAAACAAUUUAUAGGCAAUGCUACCAAAUACUAAUUGAGUGUAUGUUAACUUCUGACCCACUGGGAAUGUGAUGAAAGAAAUAAAAGCUGAAAUAAAUCAUUCUCUCUACUAUUAUUCUGACAUUUCACAUUCUUAAAAUAAAGUGGUGAUCCUAACUGACCUAAGACAGGGAAUUUUUACUAGGAUUAAAUGUCAGGAAUUGUGAAAAACUGAGUUGAAAUGUAUUUGGCAAAGGUGUAUGUAAACUUCCGACUUCAACUGUAUAUAUAUGUGCACAUAUGUAUAGAUAUAUACUACCGGUCAAAAGUUUUAGAAUGCCUACUCAUUCAAGGGUUUUUCUUUAUUUUUACUAUUUUCUACAUUGUACAGUCAUGGCCAAAAGUUUUGAGAAUGACACAAAUAUUAAUUUUCACAAAGUCUGCUGCAUCAGUUUGCAUGAUGGCAAUUUGCAUAUACUCCAGAAUGUUAUGAAGAGUGAUCAGAUAAAUUGCAUGUGCGUGUCAGUGAUUCUCUCGUUAACACAUGUGUGAGUGUUGACGGGGACAAGUCUGGAGAUCACUCUGUCAUGCUGAUUGAGUACGAAUAACAGACUGGAAUCUUCAGAAGGAGGGUGGUGCUUGGAAUCAUUGUUCUUCCUCUGUCAAUCAUGGUUACCUGCAAGGAAACACGUGCCGUCAUCAUUGCUUUGCACAAAAAGGGCUUCACAGGCAAGGAUAUUGCUGCCAGUAAGAUUGCACCUAAAUCAACCAUUUAUUGUAUCGUCAAGAACGUCAAGGAGAGCGGUGCAAUUGUUGUGAAGAAGGCUUCAGGGCACCCAAGAAAGUCCAGCAAGCGCCAGGACCGUCUCCUGAAGUUGAUUCAGCUGUGGGAUCGGGGCACCACCAGUACAGAGCUUGCUCAGGAAUGGCAGCAGGCAGGUGUGAGUGCAUCUGCACCCACAGGGAGGCGAAGACUUUUGGAGGAUGGCCUGGUGUCAAGAAGGGCAGCAAAGAUGCCACUUCUCUCCAGGAAAAACAUCAGGGACAGACUGAUAUUCUGCAAAAAAGUACAGGAAUUGGACUGCUGAGGACUGGGGUAAAGUCAUUUUCUCUGAUGAAUCCCCUUUCCAAUUGUUUGGGGCAUCCAGAAAAAAACUUGUCGGAGAAGACAAGGUGAGCGCUACCAUCAGUCCUGUGUCAUGCCAACAGUAAAGCAUCCUGAGACUAUUCAUGUGUGGGGUUGCUUCUCAGCCAAGGGAGUGGGCUCACUCACAAUUUUGCCUAAGAACACAGCCAUGAAUAUGAAUGGUACCAACACAUUCUCCGAGAGCAACUUCUCCCAACCAUCCAGGAACAGUUUGGUGACGAACAAUGCCUUUUCCAGCAUGAUGGAGCACCUUGCCAUAAGGCAAAAGUGAUAACUAAGUGGCUCAGGGAACAAAGCAUCAAUAUUUUGGGUCCAUGGCCAGGAAACUCCCCAGACCUUAAUCCCAUUGAGAACGUGUGGUCAAUCCUCAAGAGGCGGGUGGACAAACAAAAACCCACAAAUUCUGACAAACUCCAAGCAUUGAUUAUGCAAGAAUAGGCUGCCAUCAGUCAGGAUGUGGCCCAGAAGUUAAUUGACAGCAUGCCAGGUCAGAUUACAGAGGUCUUGAAAAAGAAGGGUCAACACUGCAAAUAUUGACUCUUUCAUAAACUUCAUGUAAUUGUCAAUAAAAGCCUUUGACACUUAUGAAAUGCCGACAAAAAUAUCUAAAGACACUGAAGCAGCAAACCUUGUGGAAGUUAAUAAGUGUCAUUCUCAAAACUUUUGGCCAUGACUGUAGAAUAAUAGUGAAACUUUGAAAUAACACAUGGAAUCAGGUAGUAACCAAAAAAGUGUUAAUAUAAAUAUAUUUUAUAUUUAAGAUUCAAAUAGCCACCCUUUGCACACUCUUGGCAUUCUCUCAACCAGCUUCACCUGGAAUGCUUUUCCAACAGUCUUGAAGGAGUUCCCACAUAUGCUAAGCACUUGUUGGCUGCUUUUCCUUCACUCUGCGAUCCAACUCAUCCCAAACCAUCUCAAUUUGGUUGAGGUUGGGGGAUUGUGGAGGCCAGGUCAUCUGAUGCAGCACUCCAUCACUCUCCUUGUUGGUAAAAUAGCCAUUACACAGCCUGAAGGUGUGUUGGGUCAUUGUCCUGUGGAAAAAAUGGAUUCGCCAUCCCAUCAGGUUUGCGCUUAGUGGAACUACCAGUCUCAACAUCAACAGUGAAGAGGUGACUCCAGGAUGCUGGCCUUCUAGACAGAGUUGCAAAGAUAACGCCAUAUCUCAGACUGGCCAAUAAAAAGAAAAGAUUAAGAUGGGCAAAAUAACACUGGACCAGAGGAACUCUGUCUAGAAGGCCAGCAUCCCGGAGUCGCCUCUUCACUGUUGACGUUGAGACUGGUGUUUUGUGGGCACUAUUUAAUGAAGCUGCUAGUUGAGGCCUCUGUUUCUCAAACUAGACACUCUAAUGUACUUAUCCUCUUGCUCAGUUGUGCACCAAGGCCUCCCACUCCUCUUUCUAUUAUUUUUAGAGACAGUUUCCGCUGUUCUGUGAAGGGAGUAUUGCACAGCGUUGUACAAGAUCUUCAGUUUCUUGGCAAUUUCUCGCAUGGAAUAGCCUUCAUUGCUCAGAACAAGAAUAGACUGACGAGUUUCAGAAGAAAGUUGUGUUUCUGGCCAUUUUGAGCCUGCAAUCAAACUCACAAAUGCUGACGCUCCAGAUACUCAACUAGUCUAAAGAAGGCCAGUUUUAUUUCUUCUUUAAUCAAAACAACAGUUUUCAGCUGUGCUAACAUAAUUGUAAAAGUGUUUUCUAAUGAUCAAUUAGCCUUUUAAAAUGAUCAAAUUGGAUUAGCUAACAACGUGCCAUUGGAACACAGGAGUGAUGGUUGCUAAUAAUGGAAAUCUGUACGCCUGUGUAGAUAUUCCAUUAAAAAAUCAGCCGUUUCCAGCUACAAUAGUCAUUUACAACAUUGACGAUGUCUACAUUGCAUUUCUGAUCAAUUUGAUGUUAUUUUAAUGGACCAAAAAUGUGCUUUUCUUUCAAAAACAAGGACAUUUCUAAGUGACCCCAAAUUUUUGAACGGUAGUGUAUAUAUAUAUGGAUUUGUGUAUAUUCAUAUGGACUGCUGCCAACGUGUAACGGCUUCAAUCAUCCUUCAAGGCACACAUUUCACCUUCUGGCCUCAGAUGUUGUCGUUUGGAGUAGGGUGAAGUGGCCCCUAGACGCUGAUCUUGGGUCAGUUUUUGCAUUUCCCCCACAAAUGGUCAAGGUUAGGAUUGAGGGAGGGUCCUAGAUCUCUACCUAAGGGAAACUUCACCCUGGAGUGUUGUCAUGUACUCACCUAGUAGGUAUUAUUUGCAAUUUUAAACUGGGUGGUUUGAACCCUGAAUUCUAAAUGGCUGAAAGGCAGGGUAUAUCAGACCGUAUACCAUGAGUAUGACAAAACAUUUAGUUUUACUGCUCUAAUUAUGUUUAUAAUAGCAUUAAGGUUCUUCCGGGGUUUGUGAUAUAUGGCCUAUAUACCACGGCUAAGGGCUGUGUCCAAGCACUCCGCAUUGCGUCAUGCUUAAGAACAGCCCUUAGCCGUGGUAUAUUGGCCAUACACCACACCACCUCGGGCCUUAUUGCCUAAAUAUGUGGAGAUGAUUUUGUACAGUUGUGCAUCUGCUUUGGGCCAAUGAGAACAUGCCGAUAAUGUAGGUCAGAGCCAUAAUUGCCAAGGCAACAUCAAUCAUACCACUGUUUAUAGAUCUAUUUGACAUGUAUCAUAGAAUACUGUACAUUUAAGGAGAUUUUCUCCACCUUCUAUUUAACCCAUUUAAAGUCAAGGACAAUGGCCCUGUGUGAAUACUGAAAAUGUAUCCUCCAUUUAUCAUGAUUGCACACUUAACCCUAAUUGCUCCUGUAUGUCGCUCUGGAUAAGAGCGUAUGCUAAAAGAUUCAAAUGUAAAUGUUACAGUUGGAUAGGUGUCACUGUAUAGCUUUCCCUAAUCAUGUUAUGUUAGGUCAGUGAUUAUACUUUACAGAAGGCAUUUAUGGAAUACUUGUACAGCACUAUAGUCCCCUUCCUGUUGUUUGAGUGAUGUGGUAAACAAGUCUGGCACCCUAUACCCUAUGUAGUGCACUAUAUAGGGAAUAGGGUGCCAUUUGAGACAUAUUCUUUAUUACAGACAAACAGAAGGAAUAAACAGUUCUCAAAACAA